AUGGUUGAGAUAGCAGGAUGGUCUGGCUAUGACUUCGUUAUCCUUGACCUCGAGCACGGCUUCGGAGGCAUCUCUGAAGGCCUGCGAUGCAUCCAUGCACUCACUGCGGCCAACACACCGGUCAUCGUUCGUGUGCCGGAGCUUUCGCACGUGUGGGUCAAGAAAGUGCUCGACCUUGGUCCCCAAGGCAUUAUCUUCCCCCUCGUUGACGGCCCCGAAUCAGCCAAGAAGGCCGUCUCCUAUUGCAGGUACCCUCCGAAUGGAGUUCGUGGAGUGGCAACACCGAUUGUAAGGGCGUCAAGGUUUGGUAUUGAUGAAAGCUACGCAAAGAAGUACGAGAAAGACUUGUUGAUUCUGUGCCAGGUAGAGACUGCAGAGGGAGUGGAAAACGUAGAAGGAAUUGCAGCCGUUGAUGGGGUUGAUGGAAUUAUGGUUGGACCAUUGGAUCUGAGUGCAAGUGUUGGGUGCAUGCACGAUCCCAGAAAUGAAAAGGUGAAGGAGAUGAUGAGGAAGAUUGAGAGCACCGUGUUAGGAAUGAAGAGGAAAGAGGGCGGUGGGCCCUACUUGGCUGGCUUCGCUAUGCCAUUCGACGGUCCGGAUCAGUUCAGGAGCCGCGGCUACAAAUUGAUUCGUGGGGUCACUGAUGUUGGCUUGUUCAAGAACGCUUGUGUUGGCGACGUCAGCAAGUUCAACAUGAACACCAAUAAGAUCAACGGCCAGUACUGCUAGUUUUCCAGGGUAUUAUGAAUUGAGGCAUAAUAUAGUGUUGAGAAUAUAUAAUGAAUAAGAUCUCACAUACGGUGGAAGAACUUUUCUGAACUUGUUCUGUCUGUUUUGUUUUAGAAAUGUUACAUUGUUUCAACUUGCAAUAAUAUAUUUUUGUUUAUUUAGAUAAGGCAAAAAAUUGGGUGUAUGUGC